CUGAUCAAAGAGUUCUCUAAGACUAAGUUCCAUGGCUGACUUCACAUCAAAUUUUCAGUGCUUUGAACCAUCAAUUCCUUUCUUAGAUGCUGAUCCAAACAUGGAACUGAUCAACCAUUUUCCAGAGCUAAACCCAAGUGCUAUAGAGAGCUCAAACUUAAAUUUCCAAAACUUCAUGGGUUUUUCCAAUGAUAAUUUCAUUGCCAAGCAAUUACCUGAAUUCGGAGGAAACUUGGCAGAGAAUUUUCCUGGUUUUUUCCCUCAUGAUCACAAGAACGUUGCACCGGUUUCCGAGCCCAUUGUCUAUAGAGUUGAUUCUCAUGAGAGUAAGAAGAGAAAGCAUAUUGAUGUCUCAGAAAGUAGUUCUGGAUACUCUUCUCCUCCAGCUUCUGAAAAUGGGAUUAAGAGGAAAAAUGGUUCAGGAAGAGGAAAGAGAAUGAAAAGUAAUGAGAAUGAACAGGAGAAACCAAAAGAAGUGGUACAUGUCAGAGCUAGAAGAGGCCAAGCCACUGACAGUCACAGUAUAGCAGAGAGGGCUAGAAGAGGAAAAAUCAAUGAGAGGCUUAGGUGCUUGCAAGACAUUGUUCCAGGAUGCUACAAGACUAUGGGGAUGGCAGUAAUGUUGGAUGAAAUAAUCAAUUAUGUCCAAUCCUUGCAGAAUCAGGUUGAGUUCCUUUCUAUGAAGCUCACUGCAGCAAGUAAAUUUCAUGACUUCAAUUCGGAGACAGAUGCUAUUGAAACAAUGCAGAGGGCAAAGGCAUAUGAGGCACAAAAGGUACAGAGAAUAGUAAGAGGAGGGUAUGAAGGACUUGGACUUGGUUCCACUCAACUUGGCUCUUUUGACCUCAGUUUUGGCUGCAACCCCUCAUUGCCAUACCACACAUGAACAUGUUCCAUUCCGCUUUUCAAUCAAACUUGUCUCCAAACAUUCACAUAUGCAA